AUGUCCGAAUCGAGUGCUGGUGAGGCUGCUCGCCGUGCCGCCUCUGCCUCUAACGCUGCCAGCUACGCCUCAAAUUCCCGUCAGUUCAUUCCCCAAUACCAAGCGACAAGAGAUCUUCACCGCAGCCGUAUUGGCAGCAUCCCUGGUGCAAGUGACAGUGGAGCCGAUCUUGCAUCCAACGCCGACAUGGAUGUUGAGAUGUCUGACAUUGCAGAGGUCGCUCUACCCGUCAACAAGUGCUCAGAUCCCGUGGAGGCACUUCCUACUGAGAUCGUUGCUCUCAUUCUUUCACACCUCGACUCUGACAGCCUCAAGGCUUCCCAACGCGUCGCCAAGAGCUGGGCUCGCAUCGCCAAGGACCCUCUGAUAUGGCGCGCUCAGUAUCUCCAGCAAUACGAGAAGCAGACUUAUGUGUCUCCUGCCCCCAUCCAGAUCGGUGGUAUCGGCACAGGCAUUCCAAACCAGCCCAUGCAACACUGGGAAUUGAUGCACGACGCUAGAAGACGUAUUGAUAAGAACUGGACUCGCGGCGACCAGGGCGGUAAGGGUAUCUACUUGGCCGGCCACACCGACUCAGUCUACUGCGUUCAAUUCGACGAGCAGAAGAUCAUCACUGGAUCUCGCGACCGCACUAUCCGUGUCUGGGACAUCAACACUUACAAGUGCCUCAAGGUCAUCGGCGGUCCUAGCGUCCGUCCUUCUCCCGGUCCCAAGGUCCUGCGUACUGUGGAAUACCCCAAGUUCCACCAUGCCGAGUCAUCUGUUAAUGGCACUGCCUACGGCAACAGUAUCUAUCACGUCCCUUCCGACUUCCACAGCGCCAGUAUUCUUUGCUUGCAGUACGACCAUGAGAUUCUCGUCACUGGCUCAAGUGACAACGAUCUCCUUGUCUGGGACGUCAAGACCUAUGAGCCCAUUCGUCGUCUUAAGCAGCACACUGGUGGUGUCCUCGACGUUGCCUUCGAUGAGAAGCACAUUGUUUCCUGCUCAAAAGACUGCACUAUCAUCGUCUGGGACCGCAAGACUCUCGAGCCCAUUCGCACUCUUACUGGUCACCGUGGCCCUGUCAACGCUGUUCAGCUCCGUGGUAACCUUCUCGUGUCUGCCUCUGGUGACGGUGUUGCUCGUCUGUGGGACCUGAACAAGAUGCAAUGUGUUCGCGAGUUCCCUCAAAAGGAGCGCGGUCUUGCUGCCGUGGAGUUCAGUGACGAUGCCAAGUUCGUCCUCGCUGGUGGUAAUGACCACGUUACCUACAAGUUCGACGUCGCAACCGGUGCAGAGGUCAAGCAGUUCACUGGUCACACUCAACUGGUCCGCUCGCUGUUCCUUGAUACUCAGAACCGUCGCGUCGUCAGCGGCUCUUACGACUUGGACCUUCGCGUGUACGACUACGACACCGGCGCCCUUCUUGGUCGCUUCAACGAGUGGACUACUUCAUGGAUGCUGGCAGCUAAGUGCGACUACCGCCGUAUUGUCUCUACCAGUCAAGACGGCCGCAUCCUGAUGAUCGACUUCGGCCGUGACGCUACUACUGGUCAAGUCAUGCCCGGUGUCGAACUCCUCAGAGGUGUAGCACCUCUCUCGCUAUGA